GGAUUUUGGGGGGUCCCGGGGGGGGCUCGGGGGGUCCCGGGGCCAUGGGGGGAGGGGAGGACGCGGGGAGCGUCAGGGCCGUGUUCCUGUUCGUGCCCAACCUGAUCGGCUACGCCCGGAUCCUGCUGGCCGCCGUCUCCUUCGCGCUGAUGCCGACCCGGCCGGGCCCCGCGGCCGCCUGCUACGGCCUGGCCGGGCUGCUGGACGCCGUGGACGGACACGCGGCCAGGGCGCUGGGACAGGGCUCGCGGCUGGGGGCCAUGUUGGACAUGCUGACGGACAGGCUCAGCUCCCUCUGCCUCCUGCUCAACCUGGCGCUGCUCUACCCGCGGUGGGCGGGGCUCUUCCAGCUCAGCAUGGCGCUCGACGUGGCCAGCCAUUGGCUGCACAUGCACUGCUCCACCCUCCAGGGGGCGUCGUCGCACAAGGCCGUGGGGGGGGAGGGGCACCCCCUGCUGAGGCGCUACUACCAGAGCAGGGCGCUGCUGUUCCUGCUGUGCGCCGGCAAUGAGGGGUUCCACUGCUGCCUGUACCUGCUGCACUGGGGGGAGGGGCCGCCAGUGUUCCCGGGGGGUCCCGGCCUGGCCAGGCUGGGCCUGUGGCUCUCGGCCCCCCUGGCCGCCCUCAAAUCCUUCCUGAACCUUCUGCAGCUCUGGGGGGCCCUGAGGGGCGUGGCCGCCCUGGACGCGGCCGAGAGGGCGGGGAAAAGCUCCUGAGCCACGCCCACCAAGCCACGCCCCUCCCCCACCCCCCCUCAGCCGAGGGGGAGGGGCAGCAACGCUCCCCAGCCCCUCCCCCCACCCACCCUCCCCCAAGGAGGGGCAAAAAGGGCGUGGUCACCCCAUAAGCUCCGCCCCCAGCCCCGCCCCCGUGUGCAUAAUAAAGAGGAAGUGGCCCCUC